UAUUGUUUUGUUUACAUCAGAUGAGAUGAAACGAAGGCGAGACUUCUACACAAACCAGGAAAACCAACACCUGGAGCCAGGAGAAGUUGUGGAGGAGCCAACUAUUAUUGCAGAAGAUGAAAUCAUCAGUCUCUCCAUUCAGUUCCAUGAGAAGAAUAAAAGUGACACACAACCUGUGGAUACAGAAGGAGACAAUACCAACAGCAAGCGCUUCCUGCAAUGCCCGGCAGCCAUGACAGUCCUGCACUUAGCCAAGUUCCUGCGUAGCAAGAUGGACAUUCCAAACACCUUACGGAUUGAAGUGCUGUACGCUGAUGAGCCCUUAAAGGACUACUACACGCUGAUGGAUAUUGCCUACAUGUAUUCUUGGCGACGUAAUGGCCCCCUCCCCCUGCAGUACUGGGUGAAGCCCACCCGGAAGCGUCGAAGGCUGUCCCAGGGUGCUGCCCAGGCCCACUCCGACGGUGUCAACACUAGCCCCACCUCUGAGAGCGACUCCCACAGUGACAAGACCCUGAGCCCGGCCGGUCAGGCCCCCAAAGCCUCCACCCUGCCCAGCCCUGCCCUCCGAGGCCAACCCUCUACCCUUCAGAGCCCCAGCGGUACCACAGGACCCAAUGGCACUCAACGGCUCCUCUAG